AUGGAUAACAUCACCCAUUCUAUUAAAGAGGGGUGUGGUAACCCAAGAUGUGAUAUUGCAUAUUGUAAAUCAAACCCUGAACAUUGUUCUAUUGAUGAAAAUGAAAUUGGAGAUUAUGUAGUUAUGACUGCCAUCAAUGAUUAUAAAGAAUGCUGUAAGUAUAUAACACCGAAACAAAUUUGUUCAAUGACUCCAAAUGACGUUUUUCAUUUACCAAUUGAAACGUAUAUAAAUGACAAUUCUCUUAAGGCUUCUUUCAGAGAUUUCCCAGACAAGUGUAACUCUCGUCCUAAGGACUUUGAAUACAUUGACCAUCAGUCAAUUUUCUUGUUCAUGAACUUUUUAUUUAAUGUGUCUAAUCCGGAAACAAUAGAAAAGGUCUUUAAUUCUAUUUCUUUAGUUCAACAGGAACAACGACUGUUAUUCCUUUGUAUCCCAUAUCAAACAAGAUACCAUAAAUACUAUGGUACUUUAUUUAAAUUAAUAACUGAAGAUCCAGUUAAUAAAGAAAUUAUACAUCAAUUUCUUUGUCAAAUGAGUCCUGAACAUUUAAGACAAGUUCAUUUUUUGGUUCAUUCAUUCUUAGAUGAAAUGUUUAAACAAGGAUCAGUUCAGAGGAGUAAAAAAUAUCCGUUUAUGAUAUAUGCCCUUCGUUUAUUUAAGAUACUUUACGAAAUGAAUAUAGUCAAUGAAUUCAUUGACUAUAAAUCUUUUUAUGUUUAUUCAAUAAAUAUUAAAAGAGAAUGGUCUGAUGAUUUUGACCUUUUUUUUCAGAACAAGGAAGGGUUAUUAUCAUAUAGUUUUGUUAUUGAGUUAUACACUAGAGUAUUAGUAGUACAUGAAGAAAAUAGGUGUGAACAACAAAUUACACUUAGUGAUGCAGUAAAAAACAACUUUUUUGAGUUAUUAAAUCCAUACCUUGAAUUAAAAAUUGAUAGAAAUAAUCUUCUUUUAUCGUCAUUAAAUUCUCUUGUUAAUAAACGACAAAUUGAUUUAAAAAAAGAAUUAAAAAUAAAAUUUGUUGGAGAACUUGGAGUUGAUCAAGGAGGAGUAUCAAAAGAAUGGUUUAGUUUAAUUGUGAAAGAGUUAUUUAAAGUAGAUUUUGGAAUGUUCACAUACAACAAUAAAACAAGACAAUUUUGGUUUUGUAGUUUUGCAGAUGAUUUACAAGAUUUUAAAUUAAUUGGAAUUGUAUUAGGAUUGGCAAUUUAUAACAAUAUCAUUCUUGAUAUUUCAUUUCCAUCUAUUUUGUAUAAGAAAUUACUUGGUAUUCCAUUAACGUUUGAUGAUUAUAAUAUUCUUGAUCCUGAAGUUUAUAAUAAUCUUAUGCAAUUAAAAGAAAUGAGUAAGGUUGAUGAUAUUUCUUCAUUACAACUAACAUUUGAAGCAGUUCAAAAUUAUUUUGAUGAAAAUAGAAGUUAUGAAUUAAUUCCCGGUGGAAGAGAUAUUAUUGUUACAAAUCAAAAUUUACAACUCUAUCUUGAUCGUUAUGCUGAUUUUUAUUGUACAUCGUCGGUUCAAAAACAAUUUGAUGCAUUUAAACAAGGAUUUAGACAAGUUGUUUCAUCACCACUAUUAUUAGAAAUGAGACCAGAAGAACUUGAAUUAGUUAUUUGUGGUACUAAAGAGUAUGACUUUGAUGCAUUAGAAAGAAAUGCAAAAUAUAAAGAUUAUAGUCCAAAGUCUCCUCAAAUCAAAUACUUCUGGGAAAUUGCUAAGUCUUUGACUUUAGACCAAAAGAAAAAACUCUUGAUAUUUGUUACUUCAAAUGAUCGUGUUCCUGUUGGUGGAUUAGGUAAUCUUAUUUUUAUCAUUGAUCGUUAUGGUGAUCCAGAAAAAUUCCCAACAGCAUCUACUUGUUUUAAUGCACUUCAUCUUCCACCAUACAAAAAUAAAGAAAUAAUGAAAGAAAAAUUAUUGUUUGCAAUUGAAAAUGCAAUUGGAUUUGGACUUGCUUAA